AUGUCCGCUUCAAUCAAAGAAUCCAAUAGCACGAAGGUCACAACAUGGAUGUAUAAAAACUUCGACGGCCUCGGUAGUAACAUGUAUGCCGAAGAGCUCGAUGAAGACAUCAUAGAAAAAUUACAAGGCUAUGUCCAAACCAUCACUCUCCAGAUUCCGGGUUCCAAAGGCGUUGAAGUUGAGGUCAGAAGGGAGCAAACAAGAGUAGGACGGAGAGAGGAAACCUGGUCCGUCACGGCUAUGCUUCACGAUCCAGAGGACAAGAUCUCUGGCUCCGGCAUGUGGUACCUCAGGUCGGCCUUGGACGAACUGGAGCCAAAGCUGAAGAAGGAAAAGGACAAUAGAAAACGAUAA